CCUUUGAAAUUGAGAAGCAGAAGUUUAAAUUCCUGCAGCUAUUACUUGCUUGGGCAGGGAGAUGACAGGUAACAUGAUCACCCAGUUGAACUACGUGCUGUCCACAGCCACUGCUCUGUUGACAAUGAAUAGUGCAGGGGACAAUGAGGAAAUCACCACUGAUUUUGUAUACGAAGAGGACAGUGAACCCUGCCGGAAAACCUCCGUGAAACAGAUCGCAGCUGCGCUCCUGCCUCCGCUCUACUCCCUGGUAUUCAUCUUUGGUUUUGUGGGUAACAUCCUGGUCGUCCUCACCCUGAUAAACUGCAAAAAGCUGAAGAGCAUGACUGACAUCUACCUGCUCAACCUGGCCAUCUCCGACCUGCUGUUCCUCCUCACCAUCCCGUUCUGGGCCCAUCACGCGGCAAAUGAGUGGGUCUUUGGGGACGUGAUGUGUAAGCUCUUCACAGGCCUGUAUGACAUCGGCUAUUUCGGUGGGAUCUUCUUCAUCAUCCUCCUGACGAUCGACCGGUACCUGGCUAUUGUCCAUGCUGUGUUUGCUUUAAAGGCCAGGACGGUCAGUUUUGGGGUGGGAACAAGUGUGGUGACCUGGAUGUUGGCUGUGCUCGCCUCUCUCCCGGGAAUCCUCUUCACCAGGUCCCAAAAAGAAGAUGAUAGUUUCUCCUGUGGCCCAUAUUUCCCAUCAGGAUGGAAGAAUUUCCAUACAGUAAUGAGGAGCAUCUUGGGCCUGGUCCUGCCACUGCUUGUCAUGAUCAUCUGCUACUCGGGAAUCCUGAAAACCCUGCUGCGGUGUCGGAAUGAGAAGAAGAAGCACAAGGCCGUGAGGCUCAUCAUCGCCAUCAUGAUAGUGUACUUUCUCUUCUGGACUCCCUACAACAUCGUCCUUCUCCUGGACACCUUCCAGGUGUCCUCUGGCCUGAGUAACUGCCAGAGCACCAGCCACCUGGACCAAGCCAUGCAGGUGACGGAGACGCUCGGCAUGACACAUUGCUGCAUCAACCCCAUCAUCUACGCCUUCAUCGGGGAGAAGUUCAGAAACUACCUCUUUAGGUUUUUUCGAAAGCACAUCGCCAAACACCUCUGCAAACAGUGUCCAGUUUUCUAUAGGGAGACAGCCGAUCGAGUGAGUUCCACAUAUACGGCAUCCACUGGGGAGCAGGAGGUCUCAGCUGGCUUGUAAAUGAGCAGCAGUUUAUUUGUUCUCUUAAAGGGAGCUAAGAAUCUAUAUAUAAUAGUAAGUCUCAAGAUUUUGUUGAAGAACAGAGACCUGUGCUUUCGAAAUUGCCCAAGAACCUCAGGGUUAUAUGUAACAAGACAUAAACUUUCUUGCAUAAACAGCAUGUGCUCAGGGAACAUUCCAGAACAAUGGUGGGUAGAGACUUUGACCCUCCACCAUGCUCAAUUCCUGGAAUAUGCCACAUUGCUUUGCACUAAUGCUCUAGUGCAUCUAAUGUCCAGUCUUCAUCAAGUCUUCACUUCUCUCUGGUUUGAUCGAUGCCUUUAAGGAAGAGCUCAGUUGGAAGUGGGGAAGAGAAUGAGAGGCAUGAGGGUGAGGCAAGAGGGUGAGGAGUGUCGGCCAAGUGUAAGGAGCAGGGAGGCCUGAGAACAACGAGCCUAAAAGAAGUACUGCCCUAAGCCUGUCCCCCACCCAUACUUAAAUCUGUAGACAUCAGCAGGGUGCAAGAGCUUGGAAAGUAGCAACUGUCCAGGAGCUCUGGUUGGGCCCCAUGAUACCCUCCCCAGUCCAUGCAUGAUACGCAUGGGCUUUGUUGUUGUUUAUCUGUAACAACCACACUCCCUACAUUUGAAACCUGUUAAAUAUCACACCCCAUUGUUCAUAUGCUUCUAAGGCCACACCCACCUAUAUUAAAACCUACAGAAUUUUUGUUUAUGAAAUAGGUGCAAUCUCAUAAAAUGGAAAAAAUUAAAACCUGGUUUGGGCUUUUCAGAGAAAGGGGAGGGCUAGAGGUAGUGUUUAUGAGAAAAGGGUGACCACUGUGGAGUCCCUCCCCUGGGGGCGGAGGGGCCAUCAUGGUCAGAGCACAGGAGGGUGUGAGAGCACUUCAGGGAUGUUUCUAGGAUCAGCUGAGAGGCCAAAUUCAAAAGAACAUACCUGUUGCACCCAGUGCCCUUCUGACCAGAGGCAAGGAAUGCAGACUCCGGCACCUGACACCCGGGGACCUGGACAUCGCACGGUUUCCCUUGUCGGCCAGGGAAGGCUUCAGAAGGAAGGAAGUGUGGACUGGGUGCGGCAGGGCUCCAUCUUCUCAGGUGUAUAUUCUCCCAAUGAUUUCUCCCAUGAAAUUUUGAGGAUAAUGAUGAAUGUAAAUACUGUUUUUGAAAAAUAAAAAAUAUG